UACUCUCCAGCAUGCACUCGACUCCUUUCGCAAUAUCAGAUCAUCUCAAAACUCGUCGAAGACGAUGUACCAUCUAUCGAGCAAUUCAUGAGCCGCUAUCGAAUGGACAAUCCAGCAGCACUUCAUCGAAUAAAGGUCGGUGUUCCUGCGACGGUUGAACAUUCCAGCGAAGCAGGCCCGGAAACAGGCAAGUGGGUUGCAGAGACGACGCAGAGCUUCAUCACUUUCAUGGAUGCUCUCAAGCUUCGUAUGCGUGCAAAGGAUCAACUACAUCCAAUCCUGCAAGAUCUCGUCACAGGAUACGCGCGAUUCAAGGGCAGUAAGGAUUGGGAGGGGCGGAGCAGGAUGGUGGGAUGGUUGAUUACCUUGAACGGCAUGAAGGCCUCCGAGGAACUAUCAGAAGAACAAUCUCGCCAGGUAACCUUCUGCAUCGCAAGAUGUCUCCACACUGGCUGACCCUUCCCUUUCUGUGGCCAUCAGCUGCUCUUCGACGUAGAUCAUGCCUAUGCAGAAUUCUUUCGCAGUCUCAGCUCCAAGGAAGGCUCAUAGGGUAUCGCAUCUGUACUUUAUCACUGUAAAUCGUAGAAUAUCGAUAAGUAGCCAGAAUUUCGGAUAUAGUCUGGACAUAAUUACGGCACUACAUAAUAAGACACGGCUGCUGAGAAGUGAUGCCUAGUUCUUCCAUUUGUUCUUGGGCAGCUUCCUGCUCGUUCUGACGCAAUUUGAAACGAGCCUCUUCCGGAAACCAAUCGCGCAUAAAGUUGAGCAAAGCCCAAUCAACAUUGG